AGACUUUUAAAAUGAGUCUGACGUACAGACGCAGACGUACACUAUUUUCGAUAGCAAAAAUUGUAGUAUUCUUAAACCAAUAAAAAAAAUUGACUAAGAUCUAUGCAAAAACAACUAAGCAGCGGCCAAUCACUUAAACAAUCAAGCCCACGUCUCACAAUCUGCUUAACUCAUUAUUAGAAAACUCCAAACACAAUUCCAGACAUAGAAUUUCGUGCAGUGCGUAUACAACGACAAGUGCAAGAAAAUGAGCACGUCAAAUGCAAGCCGUAAGGAAACGGAGCGCACCAAACUGAUGCAGGAAAAAUGUCAAACCCUGUUAACCCAAAUGCUACGUGAUGAUGACAAUAAAUAUUGUGUGGAUUGCGACGCCAAGGGUCCCCGCUGGGCAUCAUGGAAUCUGGGUGUGUUUUUGUGCAUUCGAUGCGCUGGCAUCCAUCGCAACUUGGGCGUACACAUAUCGCGCGUGAAGAGCGUCAAUCUGGAUGCAUGGACACCAGAGCAGGUGAUAUCGCUGCAACAAAUGGGCAAUUCCCGGGCACGUGCCGUCUAUGAGGCACAGCUGCCAGAUGGUUUCAGACGCCCUCAAACAGAUACGGCGCUGGAGAACUUUAUACGGGCCAAGUACGAGCAUAAAAAGUAUUUGGCACGCGAAUGGGUUCCGCCCUCGCCGCCUAAGGUCGAUUGGGCCAAGGAGAUAGAUGAGGAACUGGAGCGGCAGAAACGUAAAAAGAAAUCGGCGCAAACCGGUCUCGGCAUUAGCAACAUAAAUAGCAGCAACAGCGGCUCCGUCGAUAAACGCCCCUCGGCGACAGCAACAGCGAAAAGUACACCACUGCCGGCGCCACUGCCCAAGCCGAAGCCCAAUCAGGUCGGUGGCUGUAGUCCAAAGACAUCUCAUCGUGUGCAUAACAAUAGCACCCAAAGUGCCGCUGAAAGUGAUCUGUUGGGGCUCGCCUCGCCCACAAAGCCAAUCGUCCACAGCGGCGUACAGGAUUUGCAGAAUGAUAGCUUCACUAGCUUUCUGAGUGCCAGCAGUAAUGUGAGCGGCAUAACAACUCCGGAAAAAACAAAUGGGAAUAGUGGCGACCAUACUACGCUGAACAUGCCCAGCCAGCAGUCGAACUCUUUAGCCCAACAGGAGCAGGACUUCUUCAAUCAGGGCACACUAGGGGGUGCCAGCGAUAAGGAUCAGUCGGGCAAAAUGUCCAAGGACAGCAUAUUGGCGUUGUAUGGCAAUGCACCAACCACACACAAUCCACAAUUGAGCUUUGGUAAUUUUACGGGCAUGGCACCUGGCGGCUACAUGCAUCACCAGCAACAGCAGCAAGUGCCCCAACAGGCACAUCAUCAUCAUCAGUUCAUGACACCUCCCAAUUCAGUGAGCAUGUACAAUGCACCCGUUAUGGCCGCACCGAAUGCGUUCAGCAAUGCGCCUACUGGCGGCGCAAUGAACCUGGUGGGCAAUGUCGCCUUUGGCGGUGGCCAGUUUCCAAAUGUCAGCGCCAGUCCGUAUUUGGUGGGCAACAGUCUGGCAGCCGGCCAGGGCACGGCAACAAAUUUGAUGCAGACAAAUCAGAAUCUGCUCAGUGGUAUGCAGCUGUUUGGUGCCGCUGGAGCACCGCAGGCGACAACACAACAACAACAACAGCAACAACAAAUGGGAAUUGGGAUGAACUUGAUGCAGCCCAUGUCGAGUGGGUUGCCGUCAUCAGGUUAUCCAGCUACAACUGGUACCACCGCCUCGUCCGUGACGUCAAACUUAAAUCAGCAAUUUGGCAAUUUAAAUAUCGGUAAUGUUUGGCAAUAAAUGAAGACUCCUAUGCAUUCCUUUAUCGAAGGUCCAUAUGCUGAAAUAAGUUAUAAUUGUUAAUGUAUAACUUUUUGUACCUACUUGCCGCCGAAGCCAGUGUUUGUGUUGAGUUGUAUUAAUAGAUGAAUUGUGUAUUUUUUUUCUGCGCCCCGCCCAACCUUUUCUGUUUAUUUGUUUAUAAGAUGUUGUACAAAAUAGAAUACUAUUAUUGUCAACAAAAAGAGCUACAUACACAUAUGUAUUUAUGUAGGUGCAUAUGCAUACAUACGUACUUGUAUGUAAGUAACAAAUGUUCCCGGUUUGUACAUACACAUAUAAUGCAUGUGUAGGUAUGUGCAUAUGUAUACAUAUGCACUCGCAUAUAUGUACGUACGUACGUGUUUCCGAAUUGAACAUGCAUACAUAAUACAUAAAAAACAUACAUAUAACAAAUGAUAACAAAUUGAUAAGUUCUGAUCACAGCUGAAUAUGUUCAUGUUUAUGUACUUAUAUACUAUGUUCAUCCAGCCAUACGUAUGAUACGUUCCAUCAAUACUGGGAAGACGUGAGAUUUUUUGGCAAGUGUACUUGUAAGUUAUAUUAUAUCCUUAGCUGAACUAUGUAUGUAUGUCAUUCAAUACCUAAUUGAGAAUCCGCAGUAUGAAAUACGUAUGUACUUCUAUUUAUAAGUGGAUACCAUUUUAAUAAAUAAAUAUUCAUUAACUAUAUAAUAAAAUAA